UUUAAACCGUAUCACGCUCCUUGCUAUUUUUGCCGCGUGGACUUGUUCUCAGGCGCAGGUGAUUGUGGGUAAUUUAGCGACUUGGUUAAUUAAAUUCGUCCCUUAUUCUGUACUUCUGGAGUUUUGGCGCGAAUUUGGUGGCGGCGGAAGGACACCACUACAAUCCCAUACAUAUAAGUGCGAGCCGCGGCCACACCCACACUGACGGUGACGGAACCGCAGAACCAGGACCGGUAUGCUGAUCCUGCCUGUACAGAACGGUACCAGAGGGUCCGGGUCCAGCACAGGGGUCUAGUUUCCGUUUGGAGUUAACGGGAGCGGUUUCUUCUCUCCAUUCUGACACCGCCGCUUCAGGUUCUCCCGCCAUCAUGCUGCAGAGCUUCGUUCAGUCUACGGACUGGCUCUACUCGGAGCCGCUGCUGUUUGACGAUGACUUCUGCCAAAGUCUGAUGAAGGACCUGCAGUCUCUGCCCACGCCGCCGCAGUCCCCCCCCACAAAGCCUGAGCUGGGGGACACCAAGCCCCUGUCUAAGGAGGACCAGCUGAGCUUUGUGUCUGAGAUCCUGCUGGAGGACCAGGACCUGCAGCAGCUGAGCUGGACCUACGACUUCUUCCACCCUGAUGCUCCAGAGAAGGAGCGAUGCGGCCAGCCGGGGCCCCCCCAUGAGGAGGCUGGCGAGGAGUGCCUCUGGCGGUGCCUUUCUGCAGACAAAGUUCUGGAGGAGAAGCUGGGCUCCAGCCCGCUGCUGUCAGACAUCGACACCAGCAUCUUUGAGGAGAUCGCUGGUUCCACGCUGGACUGCCAGAACCUGGUGGAGCCUGAAGAACCCAACGAGACCACAUCGGACUAUGGCUCCACUGGCGGAGAGAUGUCCACAUACUCUUCCAGCGACUCGGAGGAGGAAAUCGACGUGGUGACGGUGGUACGCUGUCCCUCCAGCUUGCCCCCCCCACCCUCAUCGGCCAGCAUCUCCACCCGCAGGCAGAAGCAAGAGGAGGAGCAGCGUGCCCUGCGGCGCCACCAUCUGGAGAUCCAGCUGCAACACAAUUAUGCUGCCCCAUGUCCCGCCUCCCCUCCACCCACGUCCAGUAAGCGCUCCAGAGGCGGCCACGGCUCCUCCCGCCCUCACCACUCGCUCCGCAGCGCCGUCUUCUCGUCGUGGUCAUCUGCUCGUAACCCCCUCCCCAGAAACUCAACAGAGAUGGAGGACGAGGAGGAGCGGAGGAGGAGCCACAACGUGAUGGAGCGGCAGCGGCGCAACGAGCUGAAGAACUGCUUCACGCGGCUGCGGGACAGCGUCCCCGACCUGACGCGGAACCACAAGGCCUCCAAGGUGGUGAUCCUGAAGAAGGCCAGAGACUGUAUCUGCAGCAUGGAGGAGGAGGAGCGCCGCCUGCAGGCGCGCAGACUCAAGCUCAAAGCCCGGCAGGAGCAGCUGAAGGCCAGAUUACAGCUCCUCCACAGCUAACCCCCCAGGACGGAGGACUCCUUAUCCACAGACUAGUGGGGGUCCAAUGGGCACAGAAACAUGACUUUCAAAGAAUUCUGUGUUGGCCCCCUAUCCCCCAACCAGGAAGAACCACGAUGGGGCUGGGAGGCGGCGCUGCUGGGGCGUCCCCCCUGACCAUCAGCAUCCCUCGCUGCUCCUCGCUGAACGGAGGGGUUGUCAUUGAUGGCGUCUGCUUGUGGUGGCGCCGCGCCUGUUUGUCGUCUUCAGGAAAUGGUUUGUCAGUGAUGUCCUGAUGACCUUUACUGUGCCGGAUCUCAGACUCCUGGAGUCUGGGUCCUUCUCAGAGGAAGACUUUUAUCUGGUAAACCUACCUCCACCUGACAGCAAAGUUUUUUAUUCAAUCCACAUUUCAUUUCAAAUGUGGACUAUUUUUUACGGUUUUAUAAAUUAUUUGGGAUGAUAUUCUUUUUUUUAAUGAAUUUAUGAAAAUGAAAAAACUGAUUUUCCUCUGGAAUUAAAAAAUGUAUUAAAAUGAAAGUGGUGUUUGUAUUUCAGGAGGUCCACACAGAUCUCAGCCUUGAGUGAAUUUUUGAAUUAAAGCUGUUUUUUCUUUUUA